AUGGUCACCAGCAAGGAUAACCAUCAGGCAUGCGAUGAACGCAACAAGGUCCUUUUCGACCAGCUUUGUAUAUCGCAUGGUGCCUACAGCGAGGUGCUGCAACAGCUUUCAGGAAGUCGUGAGGGUGCAGUGAUCAAGUCUCGACUGCUUAGCAAGGUCAGUGACACCACGGCGGCCCGCUAUCUUCGCUCAGUCCAGUUGUUCUUUUGCGCCUUUGAGGAGCUGGGCGGCAACAUGGAGUCCAUCGACCAAGGCCUCUCUCUUGAUGCUUUCUUCGCUUUGUCUCGAGGCUCCGAACCAGGCCCGCUUUCCAACAGCAUCAAUGUGCUCAAGGCGCUUCGGUGGUAUAAGAAGCUUCUCUCACUGUCUUGCCUCCCGGACCUGUGCGGCACCGCUUUCAGUCUCCUCUCCAACCCGUCUGGCCAGGAGAAACGGGAGAGCAUACCUCUGCCGCUGUCUUUUGUGGCUUUCCUUGAGCGUACUCUGCUUUCAGGUAAAGCCAGCUUGAUGGACAACGUCUGGGCGGGGUCAUUCUUGGUGGCAAUCGGCGCCAGCCUCCGCUUUGCGGAUGCCCAGCACGUCCGCUGGGGCUCACUUUGCGUGAGCAAUUUCACUUUACGGGGAAUAUGCUACAGCACCAAGACCACCAAAGGCGGAUGCCCCUUUGGUCUUCUCAGCUUCGGCCCCUUUUCGUCCGCUGAGGAGUGGGGGCUGACGUGGCUUCCCCGCUGGUUGGGAGCAUUGGACACGGUGUGGUCCGAGCUCCGCUCCCGCUUUGGUGCCCAGCCUGAGCCAGACUGCAUGUUUUUCCUCUUAAGUGAUGCAGGCUUUGCUCCUGCCACUUAUUCACAGGCCCUUCAGAAGUUGCGUCACUGGCUGACGCCUUCAGGGAUCGAACCGCAGCAAGCUGCUCAAUAUACGCUUCACAGCUUGAAGACGACCUUCCUUUCGUGGAUGGGCAUCAUAGAACUCCUGGCUCUGCCCGGCUCUGCCCAGCUUUAUUCGCGGGAUGACGUAUGGCCCGCUUUGAGGGCGCAGCUUCUUUUGUGGCGGUCGAUCCACGCCGGCUUCCGUCCUGCCAGGCCGCAACACCGAGGCGGACAAUCCCCGCUUGCCGAGGAGACGGCGGGGUUUCAAUGGGACGCAUUUCUCCCGGACCUUUCAUGCUUCUCGCUUGGUAGUGAUUUCCAGUCAUUCCUGGCCCUAGAGCAACAGGACGGCGACCUUCGCGAAGCCCGGGAGUCAUGCUCGACGAUUACACGUUCAGGUGCCAAGCUUCCCUCUUGUGUUCAUGCCCGGGCGCAGGUCGACCACUUCGAGGACACAGAUGCUGAGGAUCCAGGCCCGGCUCGCUCUUCAGCUAUGGUCGCUUCCACUUUGGAGGUCGAUCCCACACGGCAAGAUGAAACGCGCGAGGAACUUAGCGUGUCACAUGAGGAGCAGCCGCUUGAAGCCUCCUCUUUGCAAGCUUCCCGCCUCAACUGCAGAGAGGUGCGGUACCUGCUAGGAGCAUCCGGGGUGGCACACUCCAGCAUUUCCCACCCCGGCUCCCGCAUGACUUGCUUGGCUUGCAGGGAUGCCAACUGCAAGAUUCGAUGCCACCCCGCUUGUGGAUAUCAGCUUAUGAAACAUAAUCCCGCUUUACUUCCAGCGUGGGUCAUGGCCAAGUUGUCCCCCGAUUACGUGUUCAGCCUCCUGAAAAGCAUGAACGAAGAUGAGAAAGCCCACUUUUUGCGGCGAAUGGAAGGAGAUCCACUUCUUCCGUCCUCAACGACUACACCCGCCUCGGCAGCAGCACCUUCGGAGCAGCCUGCUUCGACUCCAGUGGACGACCCCAUAGGGGAUUUUAUCGCUGCCGAAGAUUACGGCCUGUCGCAGGGGACGCCAGCCGCUUCUACGCCUUCUCCAUCGACAGCUCAUCCCGCUUUGGAGGCACAGGCGCACCCAAAAGCAGCCACUGGUGGUGAGAGCGCUCCUACGGGACCCACUUUGGCUGCACAUGGGGAAGAGGUCAGCGCCGAUGCAACAGGUGAUGGGGUCACGAAUGCCAAAAGAUGGCAACGAGAACCCGAGGUCAAAGAGCCGCCGCCUCGACCUCCUUCAUCACCCGCUUUGGCGUCGACCACUCCGAAGGCCAACGUACCCCUGCUGAAGUCGAAGAGUAUGGCUACGCCCGCUCCACCCACUUCGGCGUCCACUACGCCUCCGCCGGCGAAGCCCAGUGCUCCUCCCGCUUCCAAGGCCCCACCACCGCCGCUUGUGGAGGAGGGCACCACCGGCGGAAGCUCGGGCAACACAGGGCCCGCUUCAACACAGCGAGAGAUAGAUCCACUUCUCGCUACGCCCCUGCUUCCCGCUUGGGUCACACUAUCUUUGAUAGUGAAGGACGGGGCACGCUUCAACUGGUUCAGCUGUGGGCCUGUCGCCGCCAGUGUUCCCAAUGCGCUCAGGGAGGCCACUUCACAGUGGAACCAUGGCCAAGACGAGUGGGGUCAGAGCCAGACCGCUUGGGAGGACUCACCCGCUUGGAGCUCCUGGAACUGGUCUGGUUUCUUCGCCAGGGCUGACUUCACGCAACUCGUGUCAGGCUGCAACGUGCCUCCUGCAGUAGCCUCUCUGCUCUCCGCGUUUGACACUGCUUUGUAUGCGCGGGCAUGCACCACUUCUGCAGAGUUGGAAGAAUUGGUCAACCACUUUAUGGCCGAAGCCUCAGUGACGGAAGCCGCGGAACGCUUCAUCACCAAAGCGUCUCUGCGCUUACUCUUUUUCAAGUGCCGACAGUCAGAGGGUAUGGCAUCCCUGGAAGCCGCGUCCAGCGCUGGUCUCCCGCUUGGAGAAGGGCCAUCAACUGCCACACCAACCGCCCCUGCCGCAGUCCCGCUUUCUAGCUCAUGGCAGGAGGCUUGGCCUGCAAAGCUCAGCGGCGAACGCACCGCAGCGCUUAGGAAAAGGUUCGAGGAGGAUUACCCCACUGAACUCCUCGAUGCCGAAAGCUUUCCGAGCGCCCGCUUGUUGGCCCUUACCAAUAAGAUGCUUUCAGAAAAGGAGGUUCGAUGGAUUCCCUGGAAGUACCGCUUAAGUGCCAGGGCGCAGGAAGACAGUCUGCUUAUCAGGCCCAAGAAACAGGCCCGCUUUGACCUCGCGGAGUUCUUCUUCGACGAGGCUCCGACCCGGGACAUACAUGAAGGCCCCGCUUCUUUCAGCUUCGUGACACAGCUUCUCUCACUUGCUGCGAACGCCAUCGCAUUAUGCCAGGGGGCGCACCUAGGCUCCCUGAAACUCUACAACAAAAAGUUCACCCGCAUUUGCUUCACCAAAUACGAGGCCUCCGCCAGCCUACGGGGCCCCACUACGAUGGAAGCCCAGGCAGCUGAUCGCCGCUGUUGGGAAAUCAUCGCCGACUUAGUCAAUGUGCAUCAUUGGAAGCUGGAUGAUGCACUUCACGAAGUAGCUGAGGUGCGUUCUGACUUGCACAGCUUACUCGCACCAAGGCCAUUCAUACCCAAGCCCAAGCACGACCCGGACAACAGCUGGAAAGCCCGCUUCACAGGAAACGGCCGUGGAGGCAAAGGCGGCGGCCGCGGAGGCAAAGGACGCGAUGGCAAAGGCGAGAAAGGCGAGCGCUUUGAGCGAGGCGGCAAAGGUGGCAAAGGCAAGGACAACAAGCAGGCACCGCCUCCCGGAAAAUGGCUUUCAACCAUCUUCAUGGAUGGCAAGCGUCAGACACUUUGUAUGCGUUACCAGAGCGGGCAAUGCAAGGAAACCCACUUCAGCGACCAGCGGGACAUCGCUGAGGAGGUCACGGCUGUCCCGCUUUCAGUGCCCGCUCAACCAUCAGGUUCAGCAGGGGCCACUUCGGCACUGCCCAAGGCUAGUGCCCCAGUAUCCAGUGCAUCUUUGGCACUCAGUGAAGGAUCCCUCGACUUCGCUACCUGCUUGGAGCUUUUAGCGCAGUACUUUUCCAUUCCCUUCAUUGAUGCCGCAGGCCCCGCCGACAAUGCCAUUGACGCUUCCGAGGCAUAUUUCAACCUUGGAGCUUUCGCCUUUGACAACGGCACUAGGUCGGGGAUAUUUCAGCGCACCGAACAAUUUUCCGAUGUACUUCGUUUCUUGAACGCUUUCAUGCAGCUUCAGUUCCCGAGUGAAGUCUGGCUCGGCCCAGCUUUGGAUCCUGCAGCGGCCAACGUCCCGGCACCCUUGGAAGCCUCAUCUGAGGACAACACGCACGUCGAGAUCUUCUUGGAUAUCUGCUGUGGGGAGCAGCUGGAUCUCUUGCACGACGACACGUACGACCACCUGCUUCGGUUAUGCUUCUCAGGCAUUGUACGCUUGGCUCAUGGCUCUCCACCAUGCAAAGAGUACUCCCGCUUGAAGCUACGCCCCGGGGGGCCUGCCGCUAUCCGAUCCCCGGAACAUCUAAACGGGUUACCGGGCAACACAGCCUCACAGCAGGACCGCGUGGUAAGCAGCCAGAAGCUUCUGUAUCGCUGUGUAUGCCUGCUUCGAGCCGCUUUCAACUCAGGUGCACACGUGUCUCUGGAACAGCCCACGAACGCGAUGUCCUGGCUUGAACCAUUCGUACAGGACAUGCUCGCAGAGAUACAAGCUUCACUGGUUAACAUCCCGGCAUGCUCAGUGGGGCAGAACGUAGCCAAAUCCUGGCUUUUCGCAUGCAGCUUUGAUGACAUGCGAGCCUUGGCAGGUACAUGCUCGCAUUCAGAGGGCCACCCUUCUGUGGCCGGUGUCAGGGACGAGCUUGGCAACUUUUUGUCACAACGUACCGCAGAGUACCCGGCCCAGUUAGCAAACCGCUUUGCACAGCAGGCAGUUCAACUUUUCUCGUCAAGCCGGCCCUCUUACAGUGUACCAAACUGCUCCUUGGCUUUCGCACUCUCGUCAAUCCCCAAGAAGCCCCGGGCAAUGCCACCUACAGCGUCACAGGAUGGAGGUGGCAUUUACUCCUUGCCGGACUGGUCUAUGGGCCCCAGAUACCAGUCUGACAGCUUACAUGAUUUGCGCAAAGAAUGGCAGUCCUGGCUUCUCUCGCACAGUAUACCACUUCGCCUUCAGCAACAUGUCGCGGCAGGCAGUAACAGCCCACUUUUCUCGGAGGAGGAGACAUCAUGGCUGCGUAUCCACACAUACUUGGACGACAAGCUCCGCUUCACUGGGACACCGCCGGGCACCAGCAUUUCUGAGGGGUCCACUUUGCUUUCAGCUCGGCACAAGACUCUACAUAGCAAGGCUGAUCUCGCUUUAGUCCCGGUAAGCACCAAACGCAUGUGGCUUCGUGUUACAGACCCCACUUCUUCGAAGCGACGCCUCUCGGAGGCCAGCAGAGAAACGCUCUCUUUCUUUGCCCACUUGAGCUCCAGGGAAUGGCGUCCACGACUGCUGCGACCACCACCUACUUGUUCCGUGGAGUCAGCAGCCGAUGCCUUCGGCAAGGGCAACGACUGUGGCGUGGGGGGAUGGCUCCUUCUCCCAUGCGGCCGACUGCUUUGGUUUGCUCAUCGCUAUACCGUGCAGGACUUUCUUGAACUCGGUCUGCCCAUGCAACCUGACGCCAACUUGGACAUCUCCAGCUACGAGACGCUAGCACAGUGCUAUGUUCUUCUCGCUUUCUGGAAGGCCCAUGGAUCUGGUCGCUUGGCUUUGACAUUACCAGCUUUGAGCCAUAAUAGUGGUGCUGAGUCGGUGUGUAACAAGCUUUACACCUCUAAAGUACCACUUAAUCUUUUUGUCCGCAAGCUCUCCAUGUGGAGCUCUAUUACCGGUGUCACUUUGGUCUGCAGCCACAUCGCUGGCGAAAAGAACGACGAUGCAGACCUGCUUUCGCGGUGGGACGGCUGCGCAGAACUUCCGGCCAAGUUCCUGCCAUCAAACCGCAUCGAGCUCUACCUUUCUGAAUUCUGGCAGAUCCGCUUUCAGGUGAAACUUUUUCCAGCUGACACAUUUUUGAAAUGGCAGCUUCCGUCAGCCACCAGAUUGGGCCCGACAAACCGAGGCUCCAACAAGCGCAAGUAG